GGGAUAUGUUAAUAGGGUAUAAAGAAUGAUACCUACCACCCAGCUUCAGAAAUAACAGGUGCUAUUUUUUUAAGACUGCUUCAUAUUUUUUUUUUUACUGUUAAAUAUAGAACUCUCUCCCUUGCUAGCCUAUGAGCUCCUGUGAGCUGAGGUCAGUGCCUAUCACUUACCGAAUGCUCAGGAGAGGUUUGUUUCAUGAAUUCCACAGAGGAGAAUACAAUUUCACAAAGAACUUUACUACUUCCACCCCCAACUCCCCCAUGCCCAGCACCAUAAUGACAACCCUGCCAGAGGUUUUAGGACUGGGGUGAAAACACCUGUGCUGUGGAAAGUAGGAUUUAGAUAGAUGAUAGGGCCUCUUUUCCCAUCGGAUUCGCAGAUAGUGUGUGUCUGUAUGAUUAUGUAUUGUAGGAGGCCUGUCCGUUGUGGGGCUAUCAAUUACAGGACUGAGUUAGAUUAUGUUGACCCUCAACAGUGUCAUGUAAAAAUAUGACCCACACAGAAAAACUCCUAACCUGAGCAAAUAGCAAUGCAUAGCUCUGCAGAUGAGUAUUUUCUCUUUCUUCUUUUCUGGCUAUCCAGCCAUUAUUUCACUGUACUUUUAAUAUUCAGUUCUGCAGAGUACUCUUGAUGGAAGCUUGGAUCACAUUGAUGAUUCAAGUGUCAAGCCAAGCAAAGGAUCAGGCAUAAAAUUAAUGUUUGCAAGACAGGGCCAAGGGCUCCAGGAGGGCCUCCUCUUAGGAGUGGAUUAUCCAAUAGACAAGGUAAGCACAGUGCUUACCUGGCUUACCAGAUCAUCUGUAGUGAAUAGUUUCACUACAGAUUAGUAAGUAAGCACAAUUAAGCCUGUGCUUACUUUGCUUACUGGGUCAUCUGCCCCUGUCAGAGAAUUUAAAAUUGUAAAGAGGCUUUGAUUCUGUAGGAGGGUGCAGUGGGCAUGGGGGAGAGACAGAUGCCAGCCAUACCUAGAAGCAGAAUCUUUGAUGUGGUGAAAAAAUAUGAAAUUGUUCACUACAGAUGAUCUGGUAAGCAAGGUAAGCACUGUGCUUACCUUGCCAUUGGACAGUCUGCCCCAUGGAGCCUCCUCUAACGAGGUCAGAGGCUAGAGUGUAACUGCCAGCCUGUCUCUACCACGAAUCCUAGUCCACAGUCUUCCACUGCAGGUGAAUAUGUUCUGUCUUAUUAUCAUGGCAGGCAAUCACAAGGCUGAUGUGCUGGCCAGGUGCGCUGGGACCACAGGGGUGCUUGCCUCUUUUUGGCACACAACAACUAUUCUGCCUCCCUUUCCCACCUUAAUUACCCCUGUCUGCUGGCGGCUACCUUACAGAGAAGGCACAGUGACCCAGCUAUGGUGCUUCCUGACCGAUGAUGUUGUAACAGUGACAGGAAGCCUGAGGCUGCAUUUCCAGAAAGUACCUGAGUUGUCCCCAUCACCAUGGAGACACGAAAUGAUGAAGCGGCUCAGUACAAGGAAGUGGCAGCCUUUGGGGACACCCAGGUCCAAGGGCCAGCAAAAGGAGCCAAGAACAAGACAGCUGAGGCAAAGGAAGGGUCAGUGUCAGAGCCACCCUCAUCCGGCCCAGGUAGGCUGAAGAAAACUGCCAUGAAACUGUUUGGUGGCAAGAAGGGCAUCUGUACCCUGCCUAGUUUUUUUGGGGGGGGACGAAGCAAAGGUUCUGGGAAAGGCAGCUCCAGGAAGGGUCUCGGCAAGAGCAAAACCCACGAUGGCUUGGGUGAGGCAGUCUAUGGCCCUGAAGAUGUUGCCAGUGAGGGAACUGACCUCACCUUACCUUUGCCUGAGUCACCCUGCAAAUUUUCCAGCUCCCAGAGCACCCAUGGGUCUUUGGAGACAGGCCCCAGAUGCAAGAUGUCUGUGCCCGGAGCCAUAGAGAAGGCUGAGGCUGAGAAGUUUCCCUCUGUGCUCAAACCAAAGAAAGUUCUGAAAGGCUUUUUCAGCAGUAUCCGCCGUCAACGGAAGGGCAAAGUCACUGGGACUGAGCAAAGUGAACCAGGGGUCAAGAUGUCUGAGGGGGCCAGAGCCAGGUCUCAUAAGCAUGUGAGCUCAGACCCUCUGCUUCACUCUGAGGAGACCCUCCAACCCUCAAGCAAGGAAGAUGCCAAAUCCCAGGAUGCCUCUGGGUCAAAAGUUUCUCCAGCACCAGAGUCUUCUCCACCAGCUACUGAGAAGAGAGCCUAUAAGGAUCCAGAAGAACCCACAGAGGUCUGUGCUUCAGCACUACAGCAGCUCAAGCUUGUCCCUGAAGCCAGUGGCCCUGAAGAGCCCCACAGUCCAGAGAAAGGGGACAAAGUGGUGGCAGGAGAGGUAAAUCUACCCAGUGGCCCUGUGGGGGAUCAACUGAGCCUCUUGUUUGGGGAUGUCACAUCCCUGAAAAGCUUUGACUCACUGACAGGUUGUGGGGACAUCAUAGCUGAACAAGACAUGGACAGCAUGACAGAUAGCAUGGCCUCUGGGGGCCAGAGGGCCAACCGAGAUGGGACCAAGCGAAGUUCCUGCCUGGUGACUUAUCAAGGAGGUGGAGAGGAGAUGGCAUUGCCAGAUGAUGAUGAGGAAGAGGAAGAAGAAGAGGUAGAAUUGGAGGAGGAAGAAGAGGAGGAAGUAAAGGGGGAAGAGGAAGAUGAUGACUUGGAAUAUCUGUGGGCAAGUGCCCAGAUGUACCUAAGGCCCAACCUGAACCUAAGCUACCAUCCCACCACAUCCCCUGGCGACCACAGCUACAUGCUCCUUGACCCGGUUCGGUCUUAUCCUGGCCUAGCCUCCGGGGACCUUUUGACUCCUCAGAGUGACCAGCAAGAGUCUGCACCCAAUAGUGAUGAAGGUUAUUACGACUCCAUCACACCCGGAUUUGAGGAUGAUUCAGGUGAGGCCCUGGGGCUUGUCCACAGGGAUUGCCUGCCCCGAGACAGCUACAGCGGAGAUGCCCUUUAUGAGUUCUAUGAGCUAGAUGACAGUCUUGAGAAUUCCCCACCUGGAGAUGACUGUCUUUAUGACCUCCAUGGUCACAGCUCUGAAAUGUUUGACCCCUUCUUGGACUUUGAACCCUUCUCUUCCUCCCGGCCACCUGGGGCAAUGGAGACAGAAGAAGAACGGCUAGUGACCAUCCAGAAACAAUUAUUGUAUUGGGAGCUUCGGCGGGAACAGCUUGAGGCCCAAGAGGCCCGGGAGGCACAUGCUAGAGAGGCUCGUGUCAGGGAUGCCCACACCAGGGAGAAAUAUGCCCAAGAAGCUCGCACCUGGGAAGCUCAUGCCAGAGAGGGCCUAGCCCAAGAGGCCUAUGCUAGGGAGGCCCAGGCCUGUGAGGCCCAUACCAGAGAGGCUCGUGCCCAAGAAGCCCAUAGUAGGGAGGCCUGUGCCCGAGAGGCCCAAGCCCAAGAGGCCCAAACCUGGCAGGAGAAGCCCAUCAUGGAAUAUCAGAUGAGGCCCUUAGGCCCAUCAGUGAUGGGCCUGGUGGCAGGGACAUCAGGGGUCUCUCAGACUUCCCACCAUGGAACCACCUCAGCUUUCCCUGCCACUGCAAGCAGUGAACCAGACUGGAGGGACUUCCGUCCUCUGGAGAAGCGUUUUGAAGGAACCUGCUCCAAGAAAGAUCAAAGUACCUGUCUGAUGCAGCUCUUUCAGAGUGAUGCCAUGUUUGAGCCAGACAUGCAAGAAGCAAAUUUUGGAGGGUCCCCCAGAAGGGCCUACCCUACUUACUCGCCCCCUGAAGAGCCAGAGGAAGAGGAGAUUGAGAAGGAAGGGAAUGCCACUGUGAGUUUCUCACAGGCCCUGGUGGAGUUCACCAGCAACGGGAACCUCUUCUCCAGCAUGUCCUGCAGCUCUGAUUCUGACUCAUCCUUCACUCAAAACCUCCCCGAGCUUCCUCCCAUGGUGACCUUUGACAUUGCUGAUGUGGAACGGGAUGGGGAAGGUGAGUGCGAAGAGAAUCCUGAGUUCCACAAUGAAGACCUUGCAGCCUCCUUGGAAGCUUUCGCUAUGGGCUACUGCCACAAACAAGCCUUCAACAACUAUCGCAGCCGAUUCUACCAAGGCCUGCCCUGGGGUGUGAGCAGCCUCCCUCGAUACUUGGGACUGCCUGGCAUGCACCCUCGGCCUCCACCUGCUGCCAUGGCUCUGAACAGGAGGAGCCGCUCCCUCGACACUGCAGAGAUCCUGGAGCUGGAGCUUUCCAGUUCCCACCUGGCUCAGGGCUACAUGGAGUUUGAUGAGCUUCAGGCCCAGCAAGAAGAUUCCAAUGAAGAAGAAGAGGAGGAGGAAAGAGAAUGGGGACGAGACAGUCCCCUGUCCCUCUACACUGAGCCCCCAGGAGCCUAUGACUGGCCUACCUGGGCCCCUUGUCCUCUCCCAGUGGGGCUAGGUCCUGCCUGGAUAAACCCUAGCCAGUUGGAUGGGCCUUCCAACCAGUCUCCAUACAGGCAGGCAACCUGCUAUGUACCUCCUGUGGCCAUGUCUAUGCCUCUGCCAGUACCAGGGCCAGAGCCAAGGGCACCCCGGGAAUCCGGGCCUCAGCUAGCUCGGCCUUCACACCUAUCCCUGCCUCUGGGCCCUUGCUAUAACCUCCAGCCACAGACCUCUCAGAAUGAGAGGGCCAGGUCUCGAGAUGUGCUGUUGCCUGUGGAUGAGCCCAGUUGCUCCUCUAGUUCUGGAGGCUUCAUCUCCAGCCCUCUGUCCCAAGCCAAGCCUGUGGGCAUCACCCAUGGCAUCCCUCAGCUGCCAAAGAUCCUGCCUGAGCCCCGACAGCCUCAGACCAUUCACUAUGGGGCUUCCAGCCUUGACCUGUCAAAGGAGGGGGCUGAGCAAGGUUCCUCUCUCUCUACCUGCUACUCCUCCGCUGUCGUGAAUGGAAACCUAGCAGAGUAGUCAUCCUCAAUUCCAGAGUAGGGGCAUCGGCCUGAGCAUGUAGGGAUCACGGGUUGGGCAGAGGGGUGGGAGGGUAAGGAUUGCUGUUUAAGUUGAAAAUCCUUUUGGCUAAGGAAAGCUCCUGAAUUUUUGCCUUUGUUUUCCCACUCCCCCCUUCUACCAUCUGUGGCCACAUUUGGCUUGGGUACAUCUUCCCAGAGAGGCUGCUGCUACACUCCUGAUUUUCUUUUUGGGAUUUCUUCUUGUGACCCAUUCAGGGCUUGGGAUACUGUAAUUUUGUACCUAUUCCAGUUGCUGAGUUAGUGAUUAUGUAUAUAGAGUGCAUCCUUGACACAAGCUGAUCCCUCCAACCCCACCCCCCCAGUGUAUGAUGGACCACUGAUGAGCAGCCAGAUCUGCAUAGGCAUUGCCUCCCACUCAGGGAUGGGGUGAUUGUUCGCUGUUAGCAAUGUGAAAUUAUGGUACAGAUUCUCCCCACCCCCACUCCUUUGGCCUUGGCAUAGCUGCCACCAUUACGUCAGAUACCUGUAAUGUAUUUGUCUCAGCUAGACAAGUAGCAUGUGUCUCACUGCUAUUGCUGUGGACUUACCAGAUGGAUGCUUUUUAACCUGGACUGCCAUAGCUUAAGCUGAAGACAAAAACUCUAAUCCCCUUAGUGGAGUGAUCAAACUCUUCCAGUUGCAAACAGAAGACAAAUCAAGGUUCUAUCAUGGACACGUCCGUAGAGUCUUGAGCUCUGGAAUGACAGGAUUUUUUAAUUCCUCUCUUAAGCCUGUGGCUGCCUAAGUUGCAGAUACUGUUGAAUUUUUUUUUUCCUCUAAAGGAAGAUUUCAUAAUCUCAUCACAAGGGACAUGUUCUUUUAAUUGAGAAACUGGAAGAGAAGUAAGGGCUGGGGUUUUUGAAAGGUGUAGUUCCUGGGUGGUGCAAACAGCUACGUGCUCAACUACUAGCCAAAAGGUUGGCCUUUCGAACCCACCCAGAGGUGCCUGGGAAGACAGACCUGGCGAUCUGCUUCCAAAAGGUCACAGCCUUGAAAACCCUAUAGAGCAGUUCUACUCAUGAGUCUACGACAACUAACAACAACAACAAGGGGAAGGAUAGAAAAAGGAGGCCCCUUUGCUUCAGACAUCAGAAGAGGGGAUUUCAGACUUUGCGUAGCUCAAGACAACCUAGCUUUUUUAGAAGGGAAAAUUGCUCCCCUCUGCCAAGCAAAAAGUUCCCUAAGUCUUGCCCACUCCUUUGUUUGGACACGGUAUAGAGGCUCCAGGCUUGCCUGGCUGAUGGCUACUGGAGCAUUCCUGGGACAGGAUACCAAAGCAUCUCGGAUGCCCUGCUAUUCUGGGCUCUCUAAGAGCAUUCAUUUUCCAAUUAGCCAAAUCCUUAGCAUCAUCAAAGGACCAGGCUUCUUGAGAAGAAAGACUGUGACUCGCCCUCACUCUGCCAAGCUGUAAGACUGAUUUGCAUGGCAGUAGCAUGUUAAAUUAGGUUGGAAAUAAUGGUGGGGAAGACCUUGCUGUCAGGAAGGCAUUUGUGAUAGGCUAAUCUUUCCAGGCUCAACCUCUCAUUAAUCACCAACAUAAGAGGGUUCCCUUUUAAUUUUUUAAUUGGAAAUGGCAUAUGAAAUAUUUUGUGCCUGGAUGUGUUAGCCCAAAUUAUGAAUCUUGCCCCGCUACUCACCUGUGCCCACACCCCACACCAUUUCAAUGCCUUUCAAGAGAAGAGGUCAACAGAGUUCUUGCCAUUCCUGAGAAAUAGCAACUUAGCUUGGGAACAGAUGUUGUUGGCCCCCUGGGUCAAGGUGACUUUGUGGGCAAAUUGCCCCUUGGCCAGGGGAUGUGUCCGAGCUGGUCUUUGUCACCAUUUCUCAGAUUGGGGUUGGCCCAGUGCCACUCCCCACAAAGAGCAGACCUGGCUGGAAGAAGCUGCACACCUGGAAGCACCAUGUGAGUUUGCAUGGCACCAACACCACCUCUCAAGGAAAUCAAACCGGCUCUCCAGGCUGACUUUGGCAGACACUGCAAAGAAGUGUAUCAGUUGUGGAGCUAGAGAAUGAAAGAAGGUGAGAAAGGCCCUCCUAACCCCAAGCCCAGCAUUAUAGGAAAAAAGUGCCCAAAUUCCAACCAUCUGGCCUCCCACCAAAGUUGCCCUGGGAAAGUGGGGCUGAAAUUGGUUUGACUGUUUGGCAGGAAGUAAACACUCACCAAAUGCCUUUACAACACGGGAAAACUCACCUCUUGCCUCCUCUGUCUUUGCUUGUCCUUCAGGGCAGCUCAAGCUCGUGUCUGCCUGUGGACUGUGCCAGCCACAUCAGGCAGUGAGCCAUCACCAGCCUCCAGCACCCACUGAAGAAGGAGAAGAGAAAAGUAGGUUGCCAGCCUUUGGCCAAGGGCGGAGAGCUGCCCUCAGGGGUAGGAAAGCAGCAAGAGGCACUGCUUCUGACGGGCUGACAUAGCCCUGACACACCUUGCUGGUUUUUGGAAGGUCACUCACAACACAGAGUAGGGCCUGGCUGAGUAAAAGUUCAUGGUUUAGUCAGCAUCACUGCCCACAAGUCCACCUGGUGACCCAUGGACAAGAUCUUCACCACCAGAAAUGGGGCAGUCAGGGUACAUGGCCGUGGAAACAGGCUGCUUUGAGUUUCACUCUAGAUCCAAGAAGGUCAUGGCAAAACCUCAGCUACAACCUAGAGGAGUAAGGAAGACUUGGCUGGGGACACAUGAUGAUUACAGGCCUGGGUGACACUGGGAGAGCCAGCCAAGCUCCAGACCUCUCUCCAAACAUAAGCUUGCUUGUCUGGCAGCAAAUAUACCCUGAAUUGCUAAAGGUAUUGGUGUCAUGUCUACCACCUCCUAUUAAAGGAAGGAAGGAGCCCCUAGGCUGUGGCCAGAUGAACAUAACAUCUCCAUUCCAGGGUACUGGGAUAAUACUUUUGGAUAUGACUUCAAGAGAAGGUAUGACUUGAGAGGAGGUGGCUGUACUCAUCUUGCCACCCAGUAGGCUUAUCUAGUGCCAGACAACUCUGAUCCUGAGAAUUCCCAGAUGAGAUUGGCCCUUGGCGGGGAGGGGCAGUGAAUGUGAGUAGAGAAGACCAUACAGAAGACCUCUCCCAGGGCUGGGAUGCCAGUUUCUUGGUGCUUUAGAGCCUUCAAGGAAGCCCUGCCUUGGGGCCCAUUUACAGCCUGCCCUGCCCAUCUAGACUCAGCUUGGGUACCAGGCCACAAGUCUCUUGGGGCAAAGGCUUCAAUAAAUGCCAGUCUCCCUCCAUUCUCAAUGCUGUACCCAGGAGGGAAGUGGCUUUCCACACCCCAGUAGGCUGAGUGCAUGCCCCUCAUCUUGCUGCCAGCGAUUUUCUCACCUGUGCCAGUGCCACCACUCCACAUGCCCUCAGCCCCCAGCCCCAGUUACUAGAGGGAGACUUGGGGGGUUUAGCAGGGAGACUCCAAGUUUACCCAUGUGUAUGUUGCAUCCAAGUUGUUUUUAAUAUAUAUAUAUAUAUAUCUCAAAAGCCAAUUAUCUAUUUUUGUAUUGUUUGCAUUUUAUAUUCAUGGAAAAUGUGUAUCAAUUGUUCUUUUCUGAUGUAUUUUAUUUUUAAGCGGUGCUGUUUACAGUUUUAAACAAAACAAAGAUGAU